AUGGGGAAGGAGCAGGAACUGGUGCAGGCGGUGAAGGCGGAGGACGUGGGGACCGCGCAGAGGCUGCUGCAGAGGCCGCGGCCCGGAAAGGCCAAGCUCCUGGGCUCCACCAAGAAGAUCAAUGUCAAUUUCCAAGACCCAGAUGGCUUUUCUGCCCUGCACCACGCAGCCCUGAAUGGCAACACGGAAUUGAUCACCCUGCUGCUGGAGGCCCAGGCUGCUGUGGACAUCAAGGACAACAAAGGCAUGCGGCCGCUACACUAUGCGGCCUGGCAGGGCCGGAAGGAGCCCAUGAAGCUGGUGCUGAAGGCGGGCUCAGCGGUGAAUGUCCCGUCUGAUGAGGGCCACAUCCCCCUGCACUUGGCGGCCCAGCAUGGUCACUACGAUGUGUCUGAGAUGCUGCUCCAGCACCAGUCCAACCCGUGCAUGGUGGACAACUCGGGGAAGACGCCCCUGGACCUUGCCUGUGAGUUCGGCCGUGUUGGGGUGGUCCAGCUGCUCCUGAGCAGCAACAUGUGUGCGGCCUUGCUAGAGCCCCGGCCAGGGGACACCACCAACCCCAAUGGCACCAGCCCCCUGCACCUGGCAGCCAAGAACGGCCACAUCGACAUCAUCAGACUCCUCCUCCAAGCUGGCAUUGACAUUAACCGCCAGACCAAGUCCGGCACGGCCCUGCAUGAGGCCGCACUCUGUGGGAAGACGGAAGUGGUUCGGCUGCUGCUCGAUAACGGGAUCAAUGCCCACGUGAGGAACACCUACAGCCAGACGGCCCUGGACAUCGUGCACCAAUUCACCACCUCCCAGGCCAGCAAGGAGAUCAAGCAGCUGCUACGAGAGGCAUCGGCAGCCCUGCAGGUCCGGGCAACCAAGGAUUAUUGCAACAAUUACGACCUGACCAGCCUCAACGUGAAAGCUGGGGACAUUAUCACAGUCCUCGAGCAGCAUCCAGACGGCCGGUGGAAGGGCUGUAUCCAUGACAACAGGACAGGCAAUGACCGUGUGGGCUACUUCCCGUCCUCCCUGGGCGAGGCCAUCGUCAAGCGAGCAGGUUCCCGAGCAGGUGCCGAACCAAGCCCACCCCAGGGAUGCAGCUCAGCAGGACCCUCUGCACCCCCUGAGGAGAUCUGGGUGCUGAGGAAGCCAUUUGCAGGUGGGGACCGCAGUGGCAGCUUGAGCAGUGUGGCCAGUGGCCGGAGCAGCGGGGGCCACACCCUGCACGCGGGCUCUGAAGGGGUCAAGCUCCUGGCCACGGUGCUCUCCCAGAAGUCUGUCUCCGACUCCAGCCCCGGGGACAGCCCUGUCAAGCCUCCGGAGGGCUCUUCAGGUGCCACCCGGUCCCAGACUCCAGUGACCCAUGCUGGGCAGGUCUAUGGGGAGCAGCCAUCCAAAAAGCUGGAGACAGCAUCGGAGGGCAAGGGCGCCGAGGCUGUCAGACAGUGGCUUGCCACGUUCCAGCUGCAGCUCUACGCCCCCAACUUCAUCAGCGCCGGCUAUGACCUGCCCACUAUCAGCCGCAUGACCCCUGAGGACCUCACGGCCAUCGGGGUCACCAAGCCAGGCCACCGGAAGAAGAUCACUGCAGAGAUCAGCGGCCUGAGCAUCCCCGACUGGCUGCCUGAGCACAAACCCGCUAACCUGGCCAUGUGGCUGUCCAUGAUUGGCCUGGCACAGUACUACAAGGUGCUGGUGGACAAUGGCUACGAGAACAUCGACUUCAUCACCGACAUCACCUGGGAAGACCUGCAGGAGAUCGGCAUCACCAAGCUGGGACACCAGAAGAAGUUGAUGCUGGCAGUGAGGAAACUGGCAGAGCUGCAGAAGGCAGAGUACGCCAAGUAUGAGGGGGGACCCCUGCGCCGGAAGGUACCACAGUCACUUGAAGUGAUGGCCAUCGAGUCGCCACCCCCACCCGAGCCUGCCCCGGCUGACUGCCAGUCUCCUAAGAUGACCACCUUCCAGGACAGUGAGCUCAGCGGUGAGCUGCAGGCUGCCCUAAUGGGCCCGGCUGAAGGGGCUGCCACUGCCGCUGCCCCUACUGAGAAGCCCUCCAACCACCUGCCGCCCACCCCAAGGGCCUCCAUGCGGCAGGAGCCCAGCCUGGGUGGGCGGGCACGGCACAUGAGCAGUUCUCAGGAGCUGCUAGGCAACGGGCCCCCAGGGCCUGGAAGCCCCAUGUCACGAAGCCAGGAGUACCUGCUGGAGGAGGGGCCGGCCCCGGGUACCCCGCACAAGGAGGCCCGGCCCAGCCGCCACAGCCACAGCGUCAAGCGGGCCAGUGUGCCCCCAGUGCCUGGCAAGCUGCGGCAGGUCCUUCCACCAGGUACCAGCCACUUCACGCCCCCCCAGACUCCCACAAAAGCCCGGCCAGGCUCCCCACAAGCCCUGGGGGGGCCUCAUGGCCCAGCCCCAGCCACAGCCAAGGUGAAGCCCACCCCACAGCUGCUGCCACCAAUGGAGCGACCCAUGUCACCUCGCUCGCUGCCUCAAUCACCCACACACCGUGGCUUUGCCUACGUGCUGCCCCAACCCGUGGAGAGUGAGGCAGGGCCGGCUGCUCCGGGGCCUGCGCCUGCGGCCGUGCCCACGCCUGUGCCCACGCUGUGCCUGCCCCCUGAGGCCGACAUGGAGUCAGGGCGGCCCAAGAAGCGCGCCCACAGCCUGAAUCGCUAUGCGGCGUCUGACAGCGAGCCAGAGCGGGACGAGCUGCUGGUGCCGGCCACAGUGGGGCCCUACGCCACAGUCCAGCGGCGCGUGGGCCGCAGCCACUCGGUGCGGGCACCUGCUGGCGCUGACAAGAACGUCAACCGCAGCCAGUCGUUCGCUGUGCGGCCGCGAAAGAAGGGGCCCCCCCCACCCCCGCCCAAGCGCUCCAGCUCAUCCAUGGCCAGUGCCAACCUGGCUGAUGAGUCAGUGCCAGAUGCGGAGACCGAGGUGUCUGGGACUGAGGACGGCCGGCUGGGGGUCCGGGCACAGCGCCGGCGGGCUAGUGACCUGGCUGGCAGUGUGGACACAGGAAGCGCUGGCAGCGUGAAGAGCAUUGCAGCCAUGCUCGAGCUGUCAUCCAUUGGGGGUGGGGGCCGGGCAGCCCGCAGGCCCCCUGAGGGCCACCCCAUGCUUCGCCCCGCCAGCCCAGAGCCAGGCCGGGUGGCCACGGUGUUGGCCUCAGUGAAGCACAAGGAGGCCAUUGGGCCUGACGGCGAGGUGGUGAACCGGCGCCGCACACUGAGUGGGCCUGUCACAGGACUUCUGGCCACUGCUCGCCGGGGUCCGGGAGAGCCAGGGGGGCCUGCAGAUCACGGCCACUUUGUGGAAGAUGGCGCUACCCGGCAGCGGCCUCGAGGUCCAGCCAAGGGUGAGGCGGGUGUGGAGGGCCCACCACUGGCCAGGGUGGAGGCCAGCGCCACGCUCAAGAGGCGCAUCCGAGCCAAGCAGAGCCAGCAGGAGAAUGUCAAGUUCAUCCUCACGGAGUCCGACACGGUCAAGCGCCGGCCCAAGGCCAAGGAGAGGGAGGCAGGUCCCGAGCCUCCCCUACCACCGCUGUCCGUGUACCAGAAUGGAACAGGCACUGUGCGCCGCCGUCCGGCCUCUGAGCAGGCUGGGCCCCCAGAGCUGCCCCCGCCCCCGCCACCCGCUGAGCCCCCGCCCUCUGACCUGUUGCACCUGCCCCCGCUGCCCCCGCCAGACAGUGAUGCCCGGAAGCCGGCCAAGCCACCUGUCUCUCCCAAGCCCAUUCUGGCUCAGCCCGUGCCCAAGAUCCAGGGCUCACCCACACCUGCCUCCAAGAAGGUGCCACUGCCAGGUCCUGGCAGCCCAGAGGUGAAGCGUGCCCACGGCACGCCGCCGCCCGUGUCUCCCAAGCCGCCGCCACCGCCCACGGCGCCCAAGCCGGCCAAGGCAGCGGCGGGGCUGCAGUCGGGCAGCGCCAGCCCGUCGCCCUCGCCGGCACGCCAGCCGCCUGCUGCCCUCACCAAGCCCGCCAGCACGCCACCCUCACUGAGUGCCAGCCCGGCCAGGCCCCCGUCCCCCGGUGUGCCCGCGCUGCACGUGCCCGCCAAGCCGCCGCGCGCUGCUGCAGCGGCAGCCGGGCCCCCCGCCGCGCCCGACGGCGCCUCGCCGGGGGACAGCGCCAGGCAGAAGCUUGAGGAGACAAGCGCGUGCCUGGCGGCGGCGCUGCAAGCCGUAGAAGAGAAGAUCCGGCAGGAGGACACGCAAGGCUCACGCCCCUCGGUCGCCGAGAAGAGCACCGGCAGCAUCCUGGACGACAUUGGCAGCAUGUUUGACGACCUGGCCGACCAGCUGGACGCCAUGCUGGAGUGA